GGCGGCCGCGCUGUAAGCAGGAAGCCGCGGGCCCGCCGCGCAUUGAUGCUCCGCGCAGCGAGCAGGGCAGGAGGCGGGAGCGGAGCAGACGCGCCGGCACCACCCGCCGGGGACGAGAAUGAGCGAGAAUGAGCCAGCGAGACACCCUGGUGCACCUGUUUGCUGGAGGAUGCGGAGGCACUGUUGGGGCCAUUCUGACUUGUCCACUCGAAGUUGUGAAAACACGGUUGCAGUCCUCUUCUAUAACUCUCUACAUCUCUGAAGUUCACCUCAACACUGUGAGUGGUGCUAGUGUCAAUCGAGUAACUAGAGUUUCCCCUGGACCUCUCCAUUGUUUGAAGAUGAUCCUACAAAAGGAAGGUCCUCGUUCUCUGUUCAGAGGGCUAGGUCCUAAUUUGGUAGGCGUUGCUCCUUCCAGAGCAAUAUACUUUGCUGCUUACUCAAAUUGCAAGGAAAAGUUGAACAGUAUUUUUGAUCCAGAUUCCACCCAGGUACACAUGAUUUCAGCUGGAGUGGCAGGUUUUACUGCAAUCACAACAACCAAUCCUAUUUGGCUAAUAAAGACACGAUUACAGCUUGAUGCGAGGAAUCGUGGGGAAAAGCGAAUGAGUGCUUUUGAAUGUGUCAGAAAAGUCUAUCAGUCAGAUGGCAUUAAAGGCUUUUACAGAGGAAUGUCAGCAUCCUAUGCAGGCAUUUCUGAGACUGUUAUUCAUUUCGUUAUUUACGAAAGUAUUAAGCAAAAACUACUGGAAUAUAAGACUGCUUCUAGCAUGGACAAUGAGGAUGAAUGUGUGAAAGAAGCUUCAGACUUUGUUGGAAUGAUGAUGGCUGCUGCCACUUCCAAAACUUGUGCCACAUCCAUAGCAUAUCCACAUGAGGUUGUACGUACAAGACUACGAGAAGAGGGAACAAAAUACAGAUCUUUCUUCCAAACGCUGUCUUUGCUUGUACGAGAAGAAGGGUAUGGAUCCCUCUACCGUGGUCUAACUACACAUCUGAUCAGACAGAUUCCAAACACAGCUAUAAUGAUGUCAACCUAUGAAGUAGUAGUCUACUUACUCAAUGGAUAGCAAUAUAAUGAGGCUAUCCCUCAGAAGGUGGAAGACCAAAAGAUUGCAGUGGACCACCAAAUGUCAAUGCCAGUGUGGUGGGCAAAAGAAAAAUACCUAUCAGGAACAUGCAGCUAUGGACAAAAUAGAAGACUGAUUACAGGCAGCCAUCAGUAAUUGUGUUGCCUUAUUGUAUGGUCUCUUUUGACUGUGACAAAAAGGAGUUGCCCCAAGGGAAUGCCUUUAAACACCUCUGACUUCAAAAUUGCUAUUUUCUCUAUUUGUGUUAAUUUACAUAAGGCAAUACAGUGAGCUUCAGUGAUUUGGAGGGAUGGGGAUUACAUUCUAUUUAUUGUAAGAGCUAACCUUGUUCCACUCUUAGUGAUUGGUCUUCAGUACAGGUUUUUUUUUACUGCACAGUAACCAGUUAGAAGGAACCAGUUAGGAGGAGAUUAAAGCAUAAAUUCAUAACUUUUCCCAUCUGAAACUUCUAAUCAAUUCCAUCUGAAGUUUCCAAUAAAGUAACUGAGGGUAGUGAUCAUGAUAUGUGGUUUUCCAUGUUACUACCUCAGUGAAUGUGGCACAGGAGCUUGGAAUUGAUGCAUUUUUAUCCUUACAAAAGAGAUUUCUUUUGGGAUUGAGGCGUGGUGUAAGCUUUUUUAAACAGCAAGAGCUUCUUGCGCAAUCUGCAGGGUGCCAGUCUUCUGGUUUUGGGGUACUUGGAUUUUCAGUUAUGCUGGGUCCUCCAUAUUUUCUUCAUCAAAAAAGUCCUCUCCCCUUCAGAAGCAAAACAGGGCCAUAAAAUGUAUUUGAUGUUGGAACAGAUCAUAGAUUCUGUUAAUCUGGUGUACAAUAUGUGACUUACGCUACUAAAAGGAAUUACUGAGCAGUAAUUUUGUAGUGUCAUUAAAAAUUCUUAGCCAGUUGAUAAAUACUAGCAAGCCUGACUUACUGCAUGUAAAGGCAGAAUAUCAAUGGUUCAGUCAGUCAUAGCUAUAUGCUCCUUAACAGUAAGCUUUACUAUCCUAAAACGAUUUCCUGCAAGCUUGGCCUAGAACUGUAAUACUUAAAGUACAAAGGGGAGAAGGUGGUGUGCUUCACCAGAUCCAAAGCUACAAUGAAGCAUGUGGCAGACAAAUUCUGGCAUAAUAAGAAGUUGGAACUGUUGUAGAACAUUUUUGGUGAAGUCCAGGCUAUGUACUGAGUGAUGGAGAAAAUGGUAAUUAAGAAUGUUUUGUUUAAGCAUUCCCCUUAAAAGUUGCUGUUUCCCUUCUUUCAACUCUAGGCUUUGCACAGAACUGCAGAUGACAGUACAACUGCUCUCUAAAUUUUCUGAAUAUUCAAGCACUCCUUUUUAAAAUGUUCUGUAAAACUAGUUACAGAACAGAACAUUGCAUUUGACAGCAAAUAUUUACCUGGUGUACUUGUUCUGAAACUAUGGUUUCCAAAUCCAUACAGCUGGAGUAUCAGAGAGUUUCAUGUUCUACCAAUGUUAUGUAGCUUUUCAAAUGCACAGUUAGGCCUUUCAUCUGCACCUUUGAAUACUGUCCAAAAUGCCUAUAGCCCUUUGGAAUAAGAAGUUAAUUAUAAUUUUUCUACCUAUAAAAUGCAGCUACACUGGUAUAAUAAAGCAGUAUAGUUAAAUCUUCCAGUGUGGUACUUGAGCAUACUUAAACUGUGCAUUGGUGUGCAGUGGCUUUAACUUAUGAAUGACUCCUUACGCACUUUGUGGCCUUUUUUUGGCUUGUGACUUUCUCCCUUUUACGUAGGUCAUGUGUAGUUAGAAACAGAAAAAGUGUUCAGUACAUGCAGGUCCUUUUUAAACAAAGCAUAUGGUUUUAAUUUCCAUGUAAGCUGCACAAGAUAAGAUAUUGUGUGCAGUAGAUUACUAAGAUCCAUCUUCCUAGUAGUUCUGAAGAUUUUUUUUUUUAUAAAAAGCUUGAAGCAUAUUGAACAACCAGUUUCGUUGUUGCUUUUUAUGUUGUUCAUUAUAAGAUCUUCCAUCUCAUGGCAGAAAUAUUUCAAUACAUACUUGUGACUCUUAGUAUACUAGCAUCUUGUUAGACUUGCCACUCCUUCUGAGGGCUACCUUUGGAGCACAGUGACCACUGUGGUGUCCCUGCAAGAGAAAUGUCACAGUAUUGACAUGCUUUCCUUAGGACACGGAGUAAUUUUGUCAUCUUAAUAUUAAAGGUUCUCUUAUGUAAUAGGAUGCACACAUUAAACUAAAUUGGUAAUUGGUACAUUCAUAGCACAAGAAAUUACUUUGAAAAAAUCUAUUAAAUGGGGUAUUUACAGUGAUCUUCAGGGAGAAUCUGUUGCAUACUAUACUUGCACCCUACUUUCCAAUUCCCAGCUCUGUGGUUGACUCGAUCAGAUCUUGCUGCUGUCACCAAAAUUCAAAUAAGACCAAACGUAUAAAUGCUGUCAUGUAAAAGCCAAAAGACUAAGAAAGUACAAUAAACUACUUAUUACAUUUAAGUUUAUAUAGAAAGUGGGUUUCUCUUCGAAUAUCCAAAGGUUACUAGCAAGUAGCUUUUGGACUAGCAAGCAAACAGAAAAGACCAAAUUCAACCCUGUGGUUAAUGGGCUAUAUGUGUCCCACUGGAUCUAUUGGAUCUUCAUUGCAUGCACAUCACUUCCAUAAAUUUCUAGGUAGGGUGUGAGGCUUGCAGAGGAACAACAGAUCCCAGGGAAUCUUGCUCUUAAAAUUAAAGUAUUUCCAUGGAAAGUUUUUAUACCUCCUGUAUUUACCUCCUGUAUUUACUUGUUAGGAACUGGAGAGAGACAAUCAACCUCAUGCUCUGAUGUGUGUGUGUGUGUGUGUGUGUUUGUUUGUUUGUUUUAAUGGAGUUUAACCCUUAAGUUACAACCUUUUUAAAUUUCUUCAGUGGUGAACUUUUUGUAUAAAAAGAAUUAUGAAGCCAAAUUGUUUGGAGGGAGGGGUUGUAUUUAAACUACCAUUUUGUGUGCAUGUGUAUAUAAAUUACCUCUGAAAUAUUUCCCAAAGUUACUGAAAUUCUUCAUAUAAUUUUCUUGGUGGUUACUUUUUAAAGUAAAAAGGGGGUAAAAAGAUGCUAUAUUCAAUAAUACCAUUUAUUGCAAACUAGAAAGAGGAUUUAGUUUGGUACUUUAUUGUUUUGGGUAAUCAUCUCUCAUUGUUCUUUAGUGUAGAUUAGUACCAAGUUAUGUCACCAUGUGCUUUCUUUGCCACAGAGAGAAGAUGAAAUACCAGCUUUCUGGAAAAUGUAGCAUUUUGACAUUGCUUCACUCCUCUCACCUAGUUAAAAUAUAGAAACACUUUUAUUGAAAACUGUCUUGAUUUGAGCUGGUUAAGAUUUUCAAGAAAGAUUGUGAAAUAAGGCUACAGCUUUUAACUUCAGCCAGAAGAUGGCACUAUAGUAUAUACUGCUCACAAUAACUAUUGAUCUCUACCUCCUCCAAAUUGUCUGGCCUUAGUAGCUCUUAAGUAUUUUUGCAGCACAUUGUUACAGGAAUACUUAUAAAACACUAGGUUAGCACCAAUUACUAUUGGAUGAAACUUGAAGACCGGUGGAAGUGCAUCCUCACUGAAUAGGGCUCAAUUUUAUAAUCCCUGUAAAUUAAUCAAUCGAUAUUCUGGACACAGAAAUCUUAAGACUAAUGUGAAAUAGGUUUUUGGUUGUAGCAGUGUUGGUCUUUUCAUUCCUUGGAGUCUCAGAACAACAGAGACUUCCUGUGCCUGAAGAAGGGCGAUUGCACCUGAAAGCUUGCAAAGAACUUUUCUUCAGCUACCCAGUUGGUUUAAUAAAAGAUAUCGCAUCUACCCAAAGAACCUUGCCUGCCAGUAAUGUGAAAUGGCACUAUGCUAGGCAAGUUUUGGUGUAGAAAACUAUGCCUAACCUUAUACUGACUACAAGAUGUUUAGUUCAAUUCUUUUCUAAUCUUUUUUCUUUUUUUUCUUUUUUUUGAUACUGCAUAUUUGUUCUUAAGUAGGUUUACACUAGUAAUUCAUGAAGGUUUUAAUUUCCUUUGUAUCAUAAACAGUUGUAGCAUUAGUCUGUCCAUUGGUCUUUUAACAUUGUAUAUACCUAAUUCCCUGUUUACAUAAAACACUCCACACAUUUCCUUUCAAUUCAGAAAUGUUGUUUUUUUUACUGCCUUUGUUUUGGCUGGUCAUAAUUACAAAUGUAACAUUCCUCAGACUCGGUAUUUAAAACAAAAACCCUGCUUCCAGAGAAUACAGAUUGGAGACAAGCAAUAUCUUGAAAAUGCUCUUGCAAGCUAUUUUUUAUUCUGGAAAUGGAACAUUGAAGUGUGACUACGUAAAUGUAUUAUUUUCCAACUCCUUUUUUUCCUUUUUAUUACCUGUCUCUUUUAGAACUAAAAUCAUGCAAGGUUUUGAUUGUUCUAUUUAUAAGCAUCUGCCUUCCCUGCAUAUGUGAACAUAGUUUAGUUUAUACCCCAGGAGUCGUAGCUAAACACUCACAAGUGAUGGAUUGAGAAUUUUCAUGUUCAUGUGAGGUUUGCUAUUAUUCUUGCAUAUAUGUAGUUGGCUGUAAAUGAUAUGCAUUUACUUUGUAUUUCUAUUACAUAGCUAACUUUUGGGGGGCUGUUUUAAACUAUACAAAAAUUAAAAUGCACUUACUCAAAUGUA